AUGCGGCGCACGUCAGUCUCGUUGCCGACCAAGCACGUUGCCCACGACCCUCACGAGAAACCAGAUCGCUACGACAUAAACUACCGGGAACCCGGCUUCUUCUCCAGGAUGCAGUCCGCCUGGCAGACGCAGACACAGCGUAUGCGCUACAUUAAGACUGGCGCCAUCAUUUUCGUCGUCUUCCUGCUAUUCUACUUCUUCUCGCCGUCUGGCGUCGAGCUUUACAAUGGAGUGAUUACGUCCGACUCAAAAGGCCAAGGCCAGACGCCGUCUGACUCGUCAUACGGCACAGACCGGUGCAAGAGGUCCUACUCCAAGGACAAGCCCAUCGUGCAAUAUGUCCUCAUAAUCGACGCCGGCAGCACCGGUUCGCGUAUCCACGUGUACAAGUUCAACAACUGCGGCCCGGCGCCCGAGCUCGAGAACGAGGUCUUUGAGCAGACCAAGAAGAUUGACGGCCAGAGCAGCGGCUUGAGUGCCUACGCCAACGACCCCGAGGCUGCAGCGAAGAGCCUGGAUAUUCUCAUGGAGGCGGCGCUCAAGAACGUGCCGGACAAGCUCAAAGGCUGCACCCCCCUUGCCCUAAAGGCGACGGCAGGACUGCGCAAGGUGGGCGAAGAGAAGAGCCAGAAGAUUCUCGACGCCGUCCGCCACCAUCUCGAGAUCAAUUACCCGUUCCCCGUCGUCUCGAAGGAGGAGAAAGGCGUCGAGGUCAUGGACGGCUCCGACGAGGGUGUGUAUGCUUGGAUCACGGUCAACUACCUGCUCGGAAAGAUCGGCGGCCCCGACCACUCCCCGACGGCGGCCGUGUUCGACCUGGGCGGCGGCUCGACCCAGAUUGUUUUUGAGCCGACCUUUGAGGGUCUCUCUUCGGGCGGCAUGCCCGAGAAGUUUGCCGACGGCGAGCACAAGUACGAGCUCGACUUUGGCGGCCGCAAGUUUGCCCUCUACCAGAAGUCGCAUAUGGGCUACGGCCUCAUGGAGGCGCGGAACGCGAUGCUCGUGACGCUCGUCGACGACUUGAUCGAGAUCAACAAGGGCGACCGGUCGUGGGUGGAGAAGCCCGUUGUCAACCCGUGCUACUCGGCCGGCCUGAAAAAGACAGCCGAGGUCGAGCUGCCCAAAAAUCACCCGCUCGGCGAAUCCUUGAAGCUCAACAUGACGGGCCCUACCGAGCCGGCCACGGCGCACUGCCGCGCCGUGGCCGAGCGCAUCCUGAAGAAGGACGCCGAGUGCACCCUCGCCCCCUGCUCCUUCAACGGCGUCCACCAGCCAUCCAUCAGCAAGACGUUUGCCCGCGAAGACAUCUACUUCCUGUCCUUCUUCACCGACCGCACCCAGCCGCUCGGCAUGCCCGAGUCGUUCACGCUCCGCGAGCUGCACGACCUCGCCCACACCGUUUGCGGCGGCCCGGACGCCUGGGGCGUCUUCACUAGCGUGCCGACGGCGCUCGACGAGCUGAGCGGCCGCCCCGAGUACUGCGCCGACCUCAACUUCAUGCUCGCCCUGACCCACACCGGCUACGAGAUGCCCAUCGACCGCGAGGUCAGAAUCGCCAAGAAGAUCAAGGACAUGGAGCUAGGCUGGUGUCUAGGAGCCAGCUUACCGCUACUCGCCCAAGGGUCAGGGUGGAAGUGCAAGAUCACUGAAGUACAGUGA